AUGGAAGUUCAAAGCUGCAAGUUAAAAAAAUGUGGUAAGGACCGUUGGCCUGUGUUUGAACUUUGCACGGCACUUUGGCCACUUAGAGCAGCUCCACAGGGACCCUUGAUCAACUUUACCCCACCUCACACCCACCUAGAACCCUGGACUGGCUGUGAGAUAAUCGAUAACAAUCUUGAAUCCCCAGGCUCUUUUGAUAAACUGGUGAACGCCGAGCUGCAAUACCUGCACGUUGAGCCUUUUUGGCACAAUGCAUAUACGCUGGGAUAG